GUGGCUGCCUGAAAGGCAACAUUGCCUGAGUCGCCAUUGAGAGCUCGCAUAUUUGCUAUAGUAGGAAUUAUCCGUUGAAUGCUAACCAGAGUUUACUAUUAUUGAGACGAGGAGAAAAGGACAACACUACAUACCACGGCAUCAAGGCAAAUAAACGUAUUUGACAGGUUUAGAUUGAUCGCUCAUGAUGAUCGGGUCAUAUUAAAGGAAUGAUAGGGGUUUAGUCAUCCUUUUUGAAAGGGCGGAAGUCUGGUUAAAGUCAUUAAGGGCAGAAAGCAGGGGAUAGACAAGAUUUCAACAUUUAGACGACAAGGAGUUUGGAAAGGAGAUGGGGAAUUGUCUGAAAUCUCCCACUUCGGAUGAUAUCUCCUUGCUCCACGAAUCACAGUCAGACAGGGCCAGUUUCGGUGACGCCAACGAUCCGGAUCAGGAGCCACCACCUCCAUAUCAGGAGCAGAUCCAUGUGCCUGUGUAUCACCCCACUCCCAGCCAAGCCCGGCUGGCAACCCAACUGACCGAAGAGGAGCAGGUGCGGAUCGCUCAAAGGAUCGGCCUCAUCCAGCAUCUUCCCAAAGGUGUCUAUGAUCCAGGCAGCGACGGCACUGAGAAGAAGAUUCGAGAGUGUGUGAUCUGCAUGAUGGACUUUGUGUAUGGAGACCCCAUCCGGUUCCUUCCCUGCAUGCACAUCUACCACCUGGACUGCAUAGAUGACUGGCUGAUGAGGUCCUUCACGUGUCCCUCCUGUAUGGAGCCUGUAGAUGCUGCCUUGCUCUCGUCCUACGAAACUAACUGACUGCUGCCUGACCUGAUCCCCGCCCCCCACACACAUAUAUAUACACACAUACACACACACACAACCCUUGAGUCCUGUCCUCACAUGACCCCUUUGCAUAAAGAGACGAACUGUCCACUCGACUCGGGCGUGGGAUGGUGUUCCUGUGGCAUCGUGGGAUAAAGGAGGCAACAGUGAUAAUUAAACCUCUCCUGCAUGGUCCUGCUGGACAGGGAAAUCUGCAGGAGCCCUUUUGCACCCUCACGACUUUAUCAUGUGAUUCCUUUGUCUCUCAUCAACGACACCCAGACAAACUGGUCACGCACCAUUCCACAUAACACUUACACUGGAAGGAGACGAACCUUCGAGAAACACACAGGAGGACUUUUAAAAACACAUCUUUAACAUUCAAUCUCUAUUUAUUUCUUUAUUUCUCUCUCAGUGUCUGUUUCCAUAAAGGGCUCGUUUGAUUUCUGCCGAAGCUGCAGUGGAGCAAAACCAAUGGCAUUGCACAUACACAUGCAAAAAAUUUUGCACUUUUGAGAAUUAAGCCCAACUUCACACACGCAAACGUGCAUUACAUAACUUUUAUUUAACCACAUGUUAGCUUUUUUUUAGUUUAUAUGUUUGGUUGGUUGUUUUAAACUACUCAAUGGACACUUCAGCGACCCAAUUUGUGUUGAGAAAGGAGCAUUUCUCUAUAUCACUUGCGAGCACCAAGUCGGAGUGGAUUUGGUGCUGCAAAUAAAUGAAAAAUAUAUGUAUCUAAUUUUUUUUUUUUUUACACAUAGUAUAUUACAACUUUUUCCUGCAUUACGUAGUUUUUGAUCUUGCAUUAAAAUGUCACAAUAAUGGUUGAUCUCACAUAUUGGUCAAGCUGAAGUGUUUUGUUGCUUUUUGCUUUGUGGAUCCUAUUUUUUUUUUUUUAUCAAUACUGUCUAUUGUAACUCAACCGAAAAAAUAUAUUUAACGAUAAAAAACACUGAAGUCAUCGAAAGUCUGAAGGUGGCUAUGAGGGCAGCCUGAAAUGAAUAAUGCAAUAUAGGCUGUAGUGACUCAUGAAAGUACACGUAUGAGUGUGUGAAACUGCUCAAUAGUUAUAAUUUCACCUUCUUUUCUGGUGCACUUGUGUGUUUAGUUAACUUUAUUGUACAUAUUGCAAUGAUAUAUCUUUUAGUGACUUUUAUUAGAUUUUUCUGUACCAGAUACUUUAAAAAGAAGUUUUUAUGACAUCGUAAGGCACUCAUAAACUUGGAAAGAAAUGUUUUUUUGUGAAUCCUCAUGGAUUGACGAUUUACGAGUUAUUUCCCCUCAUGUUGUUUGUGGGGGUUUUCUCAUAGACUUCAAAUUCUUGGCAUUAAUUUGCGUUUCUUGUUGAAUAGAAGACCACAGGCAGUAUGAUCACACCCAAAGCUGGGAUGUGCUUUAAAAAGCUGUUUGAUGGGUUUUUUAAAUGAAAGAUGGUUUAUGCUUAGUGAAAUUACGCCCAGUCCUCUCGCUCGGUCUAAAAAAGAAAGCACAUGAGAGCAUAGAAAUCAAGUCUCUAUGGUUUUUACUCUCAAAUGUUAUAUAAAGACAAAGUAAUUGCUAAAAUGAGAAGUGGUAGUAGGUAAUGCACCUUUGGCAUUAAAUCUGUCCACUUAAUCAAAACGGAAAAAAAAAAUGUGGUGGUUAGUGGCUGCUUUUGAAGUGAAGAUUUUCAGUUGUUCCUCGUGUUUGAACUCAUGCCUUGUGUGGGGUGACUGUAAGUGUGUAGUUAAUGAAGGUGAGGGAUAUAUUCUUCAUAGAAAAUCCAUUGACCUGGUUUUGCACAGUACUUAGUUGUAGGUUUCGUCUUUUCUUUUUUCCUGUCUCUCCAUACAACGUGGAGCUCCAUUGCCUUAGACCAGACAAGCAGGAGGCUUUUGGCUGGACGUCCUGGGCUGAUGGGGGCUCUACACCAGCAUCAGGAGGACAGUGAUGAUUAUGAAUGAGCAUUUGGAUGUUAUAAGACCAUAUUUGCUCCCGAGAAGACGUCAUCAAUGCAAUGCCAUACAAAAACUGCUUCUCCAUGAUGUGCUGGGAGCACAUGGACAUUAUAUGUGAUCUGUUUGUAUGUGACGUGUGUGUAAGGCUGCGAGAGUCUCCCGUUUGUCUGUCUGUGAAUAUAUACAUAAACGUAUGUAUAUAUAAAAUUAUGCAUCUUCUAUGUACUACAGGCAAAUAAUAAAUAGAAUUUAUGCUAUGAAAUUA